ACGACAGCACUCGCGAAAGAUCGUGAUAUCUCGUGAACUGAGAGUCGACCGAGGAUGGAGGAAGAGGCUCGCAAGCUUCUCGCGGAGGGAAUUAAAAAGAAAUUAACCAGUCCCGGUAAAGGAGACUUGUCGACCUUUCCCAAUGGAACUAAGGUGGUCUUUCACUACCGCACCAGCCUGUGUGAGGGCACCGUGCUGGAUGACUCCAGAACCAUGGGGGGCCGCAGUAAACCCAUGGAGCUCAUCCUGGGCAAAAAGUUUAAAUUGGCUGUGUGGGAAAGACUGGUCAUCACUAUGAGAGAAGGAGAAGUUGCAGAAUUUACCUGUGACACCAAGCACACAGCACUUUAUCCGCUUGUGUCCCAGUCCUUAAGAAACAUCAGUGUUGGUAAGGACCCUCUGGAAGGCCAGAGGCACUGUUGUGGCAUUGCCCAGAUCCACUCGCACCACUCUCUGGGCCACAAGGACCUGGAUCAUCUCCAAGCCAAUCCACAGCCACUUGUCUUUACUAUCGAGCUGCUGGAGGUUCUUCCUCCUGGGUCAUUCCAGCUGGAUGUGUGGGCCAUGACGGAUGAAGAGAAACUCAGUUUUGUGCCUCAGAUCCACGAGGAGGGCAACAAGCUCUUCAAAGAGGGCCACAUCAGUGAGGCCAGAGACAAAUACUACAAUGGUAUCGCCUGCCUUAAAAACCUACAGAUCAAGGAGCAACCUGGAGAUGAAAGUUGGUUAAAGUUGGACCAGAUGAUCACAACACUGCUUCUCAACUACUGUCAGUGCCUCUUGCUCGAGGGCCAGUAUUACGAGGUCAUCGAACACUGCUCGUCCCUUCUCUUCAAAUACGAGAACAACGUAAAGGCCCUUUACAAGCGCGCUAAAGCCCACGCUGCCGUGUGGAACGAGACGGAGGCGCGAGCCGACUUCGCGAAGCUCUUGGAACUGGAUCCUUCUCUGGGGCCGUCUGUGGCCAAGGAGCUGAAAACCAUGGAGGAGAGGAUCCGCUCCAAACAGAAGGAGGAAAAGGGUCGCUACAAGGACCUGUUCAACUACAACACGCCACCAGCUACUGCCACUACAGGUUGAAGUCUCGAUGAGUUGGACUCGAGAGGAUGCCUGUUAAUUUCAAGAUGGAGGAGAGAAACAGUCGGUGCGCUCGGCGUUUCACUUUUAUUCCAUCCAAGCCAAACACCCAGCCACGGGUCGAUGCGCAAACAAAACUUGCAUUGCAGCUUUAGUCCUCUAAAUGUUAAAUUAAGAUUUCGAUUUGAAAAUGUUUAUGUUGUAGCUGGAAUUUAAAGUGAAAACCCAGUUUUUUUAGAGGACUGUAAUGUAAGGCACAGCCAUUAAUUCAGUCUGUAAUAUUAAUGUAAAGGAAUGUUGGUGUUUUUUUCCAUUUACCUUCUUAAAGGGAGCGUUUUCCUUUUAAUGAUCAACUCAUCUGCAAUUUGGGAGCCCAUUACCAUGAUCAAAAUGAUCAGAAAAUCUUGUUCUUUUUGGACAAUCAUGUAUCUCAUCUUUGCCUCGCACCCCCUUUUCUAUUAUGGUCACAGCCGAAUCACCAUGACUACAUGAUACGUGGGCCAUGAAACGUAACCUCUGCGACAAUCUUAUAAAACACUUUCAUUGUCUUUGCUUUCUACUGUGUACUUAUUUCACGUAUGUACUAAAUACUACCUUUAUUUUUAUGUCAAGAUGUACUCUGCGCAAACUCACAGUAUCUCAUUCACUUGCUUAGAAAGAGCUACUCUACUGUUCAUGUGAAGCAGUGCGUCAUUUAGCCCAAGCUUGCCUGCAGUGACAUGUUAUUGAGGUUGUGAUUGUGGAACUGUAAAUAAAUCUGUGUUUAUCCUCAGCUUUGUGUUUUGUUAAAUACGGCCUAUAGAGCUGGAUUUAUUAAAAAAAAAAAAAUUGGAUGUUUUCUAUCAAUCAGAAGUCUUGAGUGAAAAAACAAACUGUCCUUGCUCUUUAAAUGUUUUCUAGAUUAAGGCCGUUAAGUUUAAUUUCCGAAAAAUAAAGAAAUAAAUCUGCCAAGUA